AUUACAACCCAAAGUUAUAAAGUCGCUGGGAUCACUAUCGGUUACCGGAAGCGUUUCGGGCUUUCGGCUGUCAUUCAUCAUUUUUGAUCUAUAGAUUUUUACAAAAAAGUUAUUCACUUUUGGACUUAUACCCUUUAUUAAUGUUAGUUGUUAUUCUUUGACAUUCGUGUCUGUUGUAUCCACGUUUCCACGAACGUAAUUAAAGAAAGAUGUCUGGUGAGCCGGAACUGGCACGCACUCCUGAAGAUGAUACCGAGGAGGAGGAAAUCAAGUCUUCGUACAAGCCACCACCGGAGAAGAGCAUUGAAGAGAUCUUAUCGGCCGACCAGGAAGAUGAAUCAUUGAGGAAGUACAAGGAAGCUUUACUGGGGCAGGCUCAAACGGGGCCGGUUAUUGUCGAUGCAAACGAUCCCCGGAAGGUGAUAGUCAAGAAGUUGGCCCUUUGUGUCGCGGAGAGGGACGACCUUGAACUAGACCUGUCAGGAGACCUCACAGAUCUUAAGAAACAGGUGUUCGUGAUAAAGGAAGGUGUCCAGUACAAGAUAAGGAUCGACUUCAUAGUGCAGAGGGAGAUAGUGCAUGGGCUCAAAUACGUUCAGAAGACAUACCGCUUAGGGGUACCAGUCGAUAAGAUGACUCACAUGGUCGGCUCGUAUCCUCCGAAGACCGAGAUCCAGUCAUACACGACGCCGCCCGAAGACGCUCCCUCCGGCAUGAUGGCGCGAGGCUCUUACACUGUGAACAGUCUCUUCACCGACGACGAUAAGAACGUGCACCUCCAAUGGGAAUGGAGCUUCGAGAUCAAGAAAGACUGGAAAGAAUAGAAAAGACCAAGGCUGGAUUGGAGAAGGUGGACUCUGUAAUAGAAGUUAAAACGGUCGCUGUCAGAGUCCAAGUGCCAUAUGACUGUUAUAAAGCACAAUGAACCCAAUCCAAGCCGUCGCCGACUGAGGUUACUGUAUAAGUCUCUCGUACACGUCACAAGAUAUUCCGACGACUCACUAACUUUUGAUACUAUCCGAGUAAUAUGCCUUCAGAUCAGAUAUUUUCGUAGACUAGAGAAAAGACAAGUUCAAUGUAACCGAUCUUCGGUAGCGUAUAAAUUUUAUCGUUAUAACUUUCCUGUAUGAAAUAAAUUUUAAAACUAUAAUAUAUAGCCCUUCGACUUGUCGUUUCUCUAAAAUUUUACAGUUGAGUAUGAGCUGUUCGAGUGUUUUCUCUAUAUAUAAUUUUUUUUUGACAAUACGAUAAUAAUGUUUGAAUUGAAUUAAAUAUAACAAUAAUAAAUAGUUUUCUACAUAUUAUUGUAUUAGAUUAGUGUAGCUUGAAACGUAAUAUUUCAUCAUCUUAGUGCCGAAAACAUCAGUCGAUAUGGACACUAACCAGCAUUCCUGAUACAGCAUUUGAAUCCAUUCAAUUGUCGUACGUAUGGCGUAAGCAAUAAGAACGAUUUUUACCCCGCGAACGGAAUAUAUACUUUACUAACAGACAACUAUCUCUACUACCGUUCGCUAUGUAUAGUUAUCACUAAAUUGGACGCAAUAUAUUUGGUGCACCAAAAAUAUAUAUAUUUUUAAUACCUAGCUUCUAAAUCGGAUGCCAGUGACGCGAUGUGGCAUUGAAGUAUUAUCAUGUUAGAUUUAAAUAGAACUUAAGUGUGUCGCAAUAAAGUACAUUAUCGCGUGAGAACAAAUGCUUGAGUGUGAAAGCUCCAAAUGGUGCUUCCUGGCUGGCCGUUGAAUUCUUAUAAUCCAUAAUAUAGGAUAGUCUCUAUUAAAAAAAAAUAUUUUCUUAUUGUGGCCAGUUAUAUAAACUCUUCACGUGCUUCUCGGAGCAUCACAACCGGCUCAUAAGCUUUUAUACCUUUGACUUCGGUUAGCAUACAAUAGACAAUAGUUGACCGAGCAACAUGAUAAAGACGCCUGAUUGGUCGACUAUUGGCUCCACACACCGUAUAUAUCUCAUGAGUCAUUCUUUAUAAAUGUGUAGUAUUUUCAUGAUUUUAAUGAAAAUGUUAUAAUGUCAUGUAAAUUAUUGUAUGUAUGUAUUAAAAUUCAUAUUAUUCGCUCUUAUUAUGGGAUAGUGUUUAAUUUCUUUGCUAUAUUUUUAAAUGUUUUAUUUACUUAUAGUAACCGAUUUUUACUCCGGAUGUAAAAGUUGUAUUCAAUGUAAUAAAUAGUUUGGCCAAAAAAUAAAGCUUAUUUAUUCAGC